GCGUAUGUUAGUCAGCUCUUUCAUCCGGGCACUUUGUUGAGAGCGGUUUUCAAGAAUGGAACCUAAACGGGUUUUGGCUGAAGUGACCAAUAAAACCCUGGAGAAUGCAAAGGAGCCAGUGAAAGAGUCUCCAAAAGAACAGGCAAAGCAAGAAAGAUCAAAAUGGUCACUUGAUAGCUUUGAUAUUGGAAAACCACUUGGAAAAGGAAAGUUUGGCACGGUGUAUCUUGCAAGAGAAAAGGCUACAAAAUUUAUCAUUGCCCUAAAGGUUUUAUUCAAGUCACAGUUGCAGAAAGCUGGUGUGGAACAUCAACUUCGCAGAGAAAUUGAAAUUCAGUCUCAUCUAAGACACCCCAAUAUAUUACGUCUGUAUGGUUACUUUCAUGACAAGUCCAGAGUUUACUUGAUCCUGGAGUAUGCUCCAAAGGGAGAGUUGUACAAGGAAUUACAGAAGCAAGGACGAUUUGAUGAAAAAAGGGCAGCUACUCACAUGCUGCAGAUGUUUAAAGCCAUGUCAUACUGUCAUGAGAAAAAGGUCAUCCACAGAGAUAUCAAACCAGAAAACUUGUUAAUGGGACUAACAGGAGAACUCAAGAUAGCUGACUUUGGCUGGUCUGUGCAUGCCCCCUCAUCAAGACGUACAACAUUAUGUGGUACCCUGGACUACCUUCCUCCUGAAAUGAUUGAGGGACAGCUCCAUGAUGAAAGGGUAGACCACUGGAGUUUAGGAAUUCUCAUGUACGAGUUCUUGGUGGGGAAGCCCCCCUUUGAAGCUGAAACAAACACAGAAACCUACAGAAGAAUAACAAAAGUUGACCUUCAUUUCCCUCCUUUUGUCUCACAAGGGGCCAGGGAUUUAAUAUCAAAGUUGCUCCGUCACAAUCCAAAGCACAGAAUUGACUUAAAAGAUGCUAUGGAACACCCCUGGAUCAAGGAAAACAGUCACAUUCUCCCCACGGGUAGAUCAGAGAGCAAAUCCUCAACCUCUUCUACAUCCUGAGGGACGUAGCUUGAUCUGGGGGUCUGCAAUAUUUCUGUGUGAUCUUUCAAUAACUGGUGGUUCGGUUGAAAACAGAACCAAAAACUUUGCACCUCAAUAUUCAGGAUUUUUAUAGGAUUAUGUCAGUGCUCACUGUUCAUACUUCUGAUUUUAUGGCCAAAAAAAAAAUGAGUGCUGUCUGGUCAUUCAAAUUCUUUGUACUUUGUUAAAUUUUUUGUGAUUAAAUGAAAUGAAUGGUCAUAAAAUUUUAGCACCCUAUGAAUAGGUUAUGGGUAAAAAGUUAGAUUUUGUAUCUUUAUGUUAAGACAUUUUUUCUUCAUUAAAAUUCAGUUAGUCGAGGGACCUUAAGUGAAAUUUACCUGAUGCCAAAAAUGUUGUUGCAUGAUUGAAAAUAAUAAUUUUUGGUGAAUUUUUUCAUGUCAAACAAUAAGCAAACUGAUUAUAAACUGUAGUUUUUCAGUGUAUUAAGAAAAGCAUGUAUAUAUAGAUUUUACUAAUAAGAUAAGGACACAUGGCAAGGUGGAAACUUUGAUUUCAAUUUCUGUUUAAAAGAUAAGGUAUCUUACUACCCAUGGAUUGGAUUAAUAUAAGAAUGAUUUGAGAGAUGUGUGAAUGCAUGUUUUUCUGUUAGUUUUGUGUGUACAGUACUUAGUGUAUAUACAGUUUCAUAUGUAUUUACAUGCAAUUGUUGAGAGACGGCAAUGUUGAUAAGUACUUUUUUCCCUUAAAUCUUAAGUUCUGGGUCAAUAUGCACUAAAAACAUUAAGUAUAAAUUUAUGAUUUAGCCAUUUUUCCCACAUCAAUUUUGGAGUAUGAAAUAAAUAUUUUAUCAAGUCUUGGGUUACAGUUUAAACACCAUAUUAUCCUCACAGGUGAAAAAAGAGAUGUAAUUUACAAACUCAGUAUUUUUUUUUUUGCAUGUAUGUAUUUUACAUAAAAUGAGAACAUCGCAAAUUCAUUUUCUAUCGAUGAAACAAAUGUACGAAUGAGUAUGGAAUGAUAAAAGUUUAGAGAUUCAUAUAAGAAAAUUUGAUGUGAAUCAAUUCUUUGAUGAUACAAGGAACAGUUUGGUAUGAAUCCUAAUAUUAAUUGAAUGAGAAUUUUUACACAAAUGCUUCCUCUGUCAAGUUAAAUAAUGUUACAAAAUUUAAUGCUUCCUCUUUAAAGUUUCAUCAUGUUUUUGUUUCAUUAUGUAAGAAACUUUUCAAUUUUGUAAAAAUUGGUUUGUUAUGUCCUUUCUGCAUCUUGGAAUAUACUUGUUCAUUCAAAAGAUAUAUGAAGCAAGAUGGUGUUCAUUUGUUUUAUCCAAGACAGUUGAUGCAUUUAAAAUAUGCUUAGCACAACUUGUUCCAUUCCAACCUUACUACUGUUUAUCAAGUCAUUUCAGAAAUACUGUAUUAAACCUUCAUUGCAUUGUAAUAUUACAGAAGUAUGCUAAUGAAAAUUGUGGUUGAAGCCAUGAUAUGAAGAGUGAUUCUAAAUCAUGACUGAUUUUAUCAUCAUCUAUUAAAUUAUUUUGUAUGCAU